AUGGGCUCCCUCGCGGUUUCAGGGGUCGACUACCCCUUCGACAACAUCAUCGAUGCUCUCAAGCACACUGCUGCCCACACCACCGAGGGAAUCAUCUCGUACUCGCCCGCCGGCGCCGGCGAGGCGCCCGUGGCCCGCACCGUCUCGUACCGCGAGCUGCUAGACACGGCCGAGGCCAAUGCGGGCAAGCUCCAAAAGCUCUCGGCUACGAAGACGGGCUCCGUUGUGCUGGUCCACUUCGACGAUGCGCUCGAGAGCAUCGUUUGGUACUGGUCCGUCCUGCUGGCGGGCGGCAUCCCCGCCGUCACCAGCCCGGCCAUGUUCAGCCAGAACGAGGCCGACCGGCAAAAGCACCUCAACCAUUUGUACAAGACAUUCAACGGCCCGCUCUGCCUCACUCGGCGCGCCCUCCUCGAGCCGUUUGAGGAGCAUGCCUCGGAGAAGCGCAUCGACACGCUCGCCGUCGAGGACUUUGACAAGGAGCCGGCGGCCACCUCUACGCGCCGGGCCUUCAAGCCCUCGGCCGCCGACGUCGUGGCACUCAUGCUCACGUCCGGGAGCAGCGGCAACGCCAAGGCCGUCCCCCUGAGCCACGAGCAGCUGUUUGCCGCCUUCCGUGGCAAGACCGAAGCCGCCAACCUGACGUUCCCCGACAGCCCCUUCAUGUCGUGGGUGAACAUGGACCACGUCGCCAACCUCGUGCACUGCCAUCUGUUUGCGAUCGCGUCCGGCGUGUCCCAGAUCCAGGUCCCGGCCGCCAACGUGCUGGUUGACCCGGCCCAGCUCCUCAACCUCAUCAGCCGCCACCGCGUGUCGCGCACCUUUGCCCCCAACUUCCUUCUCGCCAAGCUGCGCAGGCAGCUCGAGGCUGGCAAGACCGAUACCCUCGAUGCCGACCUCAACCUGCAGACCCUCUUCCUCGACACUGGCGGCGAGGCCAACGUCAUCGAGGUUUGUGCCGCCCUCCAGCCGCUGCUGGCCCGCUAUGGUGCCCCCGCCGACGUCUUCAAGCCGUCCUUCGGCAUGACCGAGACGUGCGCCGGCUGCAUCUUCAACACCGAGUGCCCCAGCCGCGACCAAGCCAACAAGAGCGAGUUCGCCUCGCUCGGCCAGUGUAUGCCGGGCGUGCAGAUGCGCAUCAGCCGCCUCGACGGCGCCGGGGACGCGGCCACCGGUGAGCGCGGCAGCCUCGAGCUCAAGGGCGACAUCAUCUUCAAGGGCUACUACAACAACACCACGGCCACUACCGAUGCCUUCACGGCUGACGGCUGGUUCCGCACCGGCGAUCUGGCCUACCUCGACGCCAGCCGGUGCCUGCACCUCGACGGCCGCACCAAGGAGAUGAUCAACAUCAACGGCGUCAAGUACCUGCCGCACGAGCUGGACGCCUCGCUCGAGCAGGCCGAGAUCCCGGGCGCAACUCCCAGCUAUUUCUGCUGCUUCGGCACGCGCGAUGCCGGCAUGGACACGGAGGCUGUCGCGGUGCUCUACCUGCCGUCCUACGACUUGUCGGACGAUGCCGCCCGCUUCGAGACGCAGCGCAACAUCGCCCGCGUCGUGAGCUUGCACACCCGCUCCCGCCCUCGCGUUGUGCCUCUCCGCGCCCAGGACAUGCCCAAGUCCACGCUCGGCAAGCUGUCGCGCGCCAAACUCAGGGCUGGACUCGAGAGCGGCGCCUUCAAGGCCCAGCAGGAGGCCAACGACGCCGCCGUCAAGAGGUACCGCCUGGCCACCCGCAGCGAGCCCGAGAACGAUGCCGAGACGGCCAUCCUCGACAUCGUGCGCCAGCAGCUCGAGCUCAGCGCCGAGGACGACUUUGGUGUCAACGACUCGGUGCUCGCCACGGGCGCCACCUCGAUGGACCUCGUCGCCAUCAUGCACCGCAUGAACAAGCUGCCUCUUCUGGCCGCCCACCCCAUCAAGCUCACCGACCUUCUCAACAACCCCACCAUCCGGGGCUUGUCGGUGCGCAUCGCCAAGUUGACGGGCGCCCUCGUCGAGACGGACAAGAAGCCGCACGAGUACGACCCCGUGGUCACGCUGCAGCCCAACGGCACCAAGACACCGCUCUGGCUCGUCCACCCGGGCGUCGGUGAGGUCCUCGUCUUUGUCAACCUGGCCCACCGCAUCCGCGACCGCCCCGUCUACGCCUUCCGCGCAAAGGGCUUCAACGCGGCCGAGGGCGAGACCCCCUUCAAGACGCUCGACGAGGUGUUCCACACAUACCGCGACUCCAUCAAGAAGCGCCAGCCCCAAGGCCCGUACGCCAUCGCCGGCUACUCCUUCGGCGGCAUGGUCGCCUUCGAGAUCGGAAAGCUGCUCGAGGCCGAGGGCGACGAGGUGGCCUACUGCGGCAGCUGGAACCUGCCGCCGCACAUCAAGUUCCGCAUGCGCGAGCUGCUGUGGGACGAGUGCGUCAUCCACCUGUUCUACUUUGUCGGCCUCAUGGACGAGGCGACGGCCUACACGCACAAGACGCAGCUCUGCGAGUUCAACAAGCAGGGCCGCCGCCUGGACGCCAUCCGCUACCUGCGCCAGCACUCCGAUGCCGCCCGUUGGGACGAGCUCGGCCUCAGCGAGGAGUACUACCUGUUGUGGGUCGGCCUGGCCAGCAACAUGCAGGGCCUGGCCGUCGACUACGAGCCCUCUGGCAACGUCAACUCCAUGGACAUUUUCGUUGCCGACCCCCUCAGCCACGUCGCCAAGGACCGCAAGGACUGGAUCGAGACGCGCCUGUCCGCCUGGAAGGACUUUGUGCGCACCGAGGUCCGCUUCCACGACGUCCAGGGCGCUCACUACACCAUGCUGAACCCCGAGUACGUCGCCAACUUUGCCGAGACCCUUCGCCGGGUGCUGCGGGAGCGUGGGCUGUAG